AGCGAUUAAAAUAUGUGCCACAAUUUUGCGGUCGUCGUCAACAUGGUUGCUUUGCUACUGCCUCGAAUUCUUAUUUCACCAAACUGAAAGAAACCUUUUUGUAUGCAAAACCCUAAUUCGAUUAACAAGUAGAUUGUGGAGAGAAAUGAGCUCAGAGGUGUUGCUCAAUUACGAUCCUCCGGAGCUGAGUUUCCAAUUUGAUCAGAACAGACAGCUAUCAUCUUCUGUCCGAUUGUUGAAUAAAACCGACAAUUAUGUUGCUUUCAAGCUCAAGUCCACUAAUCCGAGAUAUUAUGUGGUUCGACCAAGAAUUGGAAUUCUGUUGCCUCAAUCAACUUGUGAAAUCAAAGUGACAAUGCGAGCCCUGAGGGAAUCUCUGCACAGUGUGAGGUCCAAGGACAAGUUCAUGAUUGAAAGUGUAGCUGCAGCUCCUGAUACAACCGUGGAAGAUGCUCGGAAACUGUUUGAUAAGGAGUCCGGACAUCCUAUUCCUAUUCAAGAGUUCAUACUACGAGUCAAUUACAGUAGGCCAACAGAAUCUUCACCCACAUCUGUCAUUGAAAGUACAGAUGUAUCUGCUCCUGAGGUUACUAGACCUCAUAUGGAACCUGAUGAGAAUGGUUUACGGGUCGCUAGCUCUGUCACUGAUUCUCAUGACAAUAAUUUGCGGGUUAUCAACAAUGUUAACGAACUUCAUAGCAAUGGCAAACAGGAAAAGGAUAUCACUUGUAGUGGUGACUCAAUUCUCAAGCGCUUUAUCAGCAAUUGCACUGGUGAAUCAAUUCUAAGGGAGGUCAUUGGUAGCUUGCUGAUUUUAGUCUUCUUAUACCUCAUGAAACAGACGAUAUCAUGGAUCUGGAGUCUGGUAAUGUUUGUGGCGAUGGUGAUUAUAAAGAUGAUGAAGAAAUUGGUGUCUGACUCUGUUGAAGACUGGAUAGUGAAAACUCUUCUGCAUAUCGUCAUGUAUAUUCUAUUUGGGCGCAAGGAAAACACAGGCCUUACGUAGCACUCUGCCUUCUUGUGUCAAUGUUAUUGAUAAACAUGGUUAUGAAAAGAAGUAAGCAUUCCAUGUCAAGCUAUGCCUGCAUGCAAAUUAGAAGAAUUUGGAGUUUUGUACAUGUUUUCUUUUAGACAGCGUAUAUUAUUACAAUGGAAUAGACUACAGAUAGUGAUGUCAAACAUUUGCCACGCACGUAAAUGAGAGCCACACCCACACUGAAAGGUGGUACUAUUUUUGCCACCAUGUUAAUAUGUUAUUGAUUCUUCACUUGAAUCAUUAUCCUGAAAACAUCAUUUUGUUCGAGUUUGUGCAGUUUUGUUCAUUCAAGCUCUUCCCCAAUACGCAAUGCCUGAAGUUGCAUUUUCUCGAGCAGUGCAGACCAAAUUGUUCGUUACUUAGUUUGUAAUAGAUUGAGAACCAAAUUGUUUGUAAUAGUAUCAUUGCUUCUUAAAAUAGCCUUGAAUUUGUGUUGUUUGUUCAUUCAAAGCUUAUUUGAAGCUUAACAUCUGGAGUUGCAUUUUUUUGCUUAAUGUGCAUAGCAUACUUUUGACAUAAA